AUCUUCCUGUCCCUAUUUCAGGCUUUCACACAAUACAGGCGAUGUCUGGCUGUGAACUCUACGCAGACAGGACCAAGGAAGGGUUUGAUAUGUAUGGAUACGAUGGGAGGACCUUCAUCACCUUCGACAAGGAGACCCUCACCUGGGUGGCUCCCGACCCUCAGGCCCAGAUCACCCAGUGGAAAUGGGAUGCUAUUCCAGGAAGGAAUCAGGGAAGGAAGGCCUACCUAGAAGAAACCUGCAUUGGGUGGCUGGAGAAGUACCUGUUCUACGGGAAUGAGACGCUGCAGAGGACAGAACCCCCAGGGGUGACGGUGAGAGGCAAGACAGAGGUGGAGGAUGGGAUGGAGACGCAUGUCUGCCGCCUGGAUGGCUUCUACCCCAGGGAGAUCGAUGCCUUCUGGACGAGGGACAGGUUGGUUUGGCUACAGGACACACUUCAUGGGUCUGUAGCCCCCAAUGCAGAUGGGACCUACCACUACUGGCUCAGCAUCCGGAUCGACCCCAAAGAGAGGGGCCGCUAUCAGUGCCACGUGAAGCACGAUGGCCUGCAGGAGCCUCUGGACCUGGCCCUGAAAGAACCAACCAAUUCAAAAUCCAACCGGGAGCUCAUUAUCGGCUGCGUUGUGGGUGGUUUUGUCCUGGUGUUGGUGGUUUUUGUAGUCUCUAAGAAAUGUAGGAUCAUUGAAAAGAGGCACCCCAGUUCCCUCCCUCUCAAAGGCCUUGAUCAAAGAGCAGCAGAGAAGGAUUUCCAUGAAAACCUUCCUCCCCGCGCAGCUGCCGUGGCUGCUGCUUCCCCCAAUUCCCCUCGGUCCAUCCGAGAAGCAUCAG